UUGAAACAAAUUGAGGUGGGGUUCACUUAUUAUUUUCCUCGAUUCUCUUCUCAAAUCGGAAAAGAUCUGAAGUUGUCUAGUGUUGAAAAGAGAGUUUCUACUCUUAUAGUGGCAAAGAUGAUCCCUUUGUUCUUUUUGGUUGUCUGUUUGGAGGGUUUAGUGGCGUUUCUCUUAGUUGUGAAAAUUGGGCCUUUAAGGGAACUGGUAAUUAAGUGCUUAGACCAGGUGAAAAUGAGAAGGGCUACGGUUUUAACCAUUGCUGGCACUAUAUUUGUCAUCCUCUUAUCGAAUUUAAUCAGCAUACUCAAAAUACAGAACAAGGGUGCUAAGCAUGGUACAAUGACACCUAUGGAUCAAGUGAUGUGGAGGACCAAUUUGUUAGAGGCUACUUUAAUGGGGUUCUCGCUAUGUCUCGGUUUUCUAAUCGAACGCAUACACCAUUACAUGCAAAAGCUGAUCAAAAUAAGGAGCAAUACAGGAGUUUCGAAGCAAGAAUAUGGGAGGCUUGAGAAAGAGAAGUUGGAGCUCAAAGAAAUGGAAGAAAAAGCUGCUGCAGAAAUCAAACGACUUAGAAAGGAAUUAUCUUCUGUAACCGAGAAUUUGAACAAGCUGAAGUUGGAGUUGGCCGAAAAGGAGAAGCAAGUGGAGACCGCUGAAGCACAUGUUGUUGCUCUUCAGAAACAAGCUGAGGAUCUGCUUCUAGAAUAUGACCGGCUAUUGGAAGAUAACCAAAAUCUUCAAAAUCUUGGAUAUCGGUAA